AUGAUUGCAACAGUGGCGUCCGAAAAUUAUCCCAAGAAAAUGUUGGAUGGGUGGUAUUGUCGUUCCAUAGCAAAUAUGCAAGCUACUGAAGCCGCAAGCGUGAGUAACAAUUCAGCGGCGGAAAUAUCUCGAGCUAGAGAACAAAGGAAAGAAUAUUCCAGUGAUAGCAGCAGUGAUCCCGAACCAGAACCUAAUUAUGAAGUUCAAUAUCUAACACUUAAAAAGAAACUUAAAUACCUCAUUUAUGAAAAUGAAUGUUUUCAAGAUGCAUUAAGAAGCAGCCAAAAAAGACUUCUAAAAGUUUGCCGAGAUAGAAGUUAUCUCCUUGAUAGAUUAUUACAAUAUGAGAAACAUGAUAGUACCACAUCAGAUAGUGAAGAUACAGAAUCUUCAGAUGAUAUGUCGUAUAACCAUGUAGAUGCUGCAAAAAGAAAAAAACUGGAAGCAAGUGCAGCGCAGCAACUUAUAUCUACACCAUCUUCUUUAAAUAAAAAUGUAAAUGCAAUUAAAAGGAAAAGGGCAGCCAUACAAAAAAAGACACCAAAUGCUAGUCAUUCACAUCAAGCAAAUCCAUCAAUGUUAUCAAAAGCUUCUCCUGCUCUUGGAUUUGGUCUGUCUACAAGUGACGGUCAUAUGACACCAGAAGAAGUAGAACGACAUUUGCAGUCUCGACAAUCAUAUUUGGAGUUGUUGCCGGAGCGCGCUCCCCCCACAGUACCAACUGAGAUGUUUAGUAAUGAUCCUUCACUUGAUAGUGAGUCAAACGACGUUUUGGAAAAUUCGCCCAACAUAGAAGAAUGGUUUGAUUAA